AUGAAGUUAAAUUGUGCAGAAAAAAAAAAACUUUUAGAAAAUCUCACAAAUAGGAUGAACAAAAUAGAACAAGCUAUAGGUAGCAUAAAAUUUUACGAAAAAGAAAGCGACACAAAAGGGCUUCGUAAAGAUGGAACAUCAUUUGGUAGUGGCGUAAAAACCGUCGGAGGUAAAGAAGACUAUCUUAAUAAAUCUAUUGUUAGUUUUGAUGACGACCAUGGUGAUCACCAUAGUGAUCAUGAAUGUAACGAAGCAGACGCAGAACCAAACAGAGAAGAUGAAGAAGACUACAAUGAAAUCAAGUCCCGUUUGGAAAAUGUAUCGACGGACCUCCUGGGCACGCACAAGGAAGAGAUCGUAGAACUGAUUAAAAAGCAUGGACACAAAAACAGCGUAGCCGUCCACAUUUGCACCAUCAAGUUGAUUCUCCAUCAGAUCGCAAAGGAGUUUCUCCACGACAUUUAUGCUCAAUACAACGACUUCUACAUCUACAUCCACAGCAACAACAUCCUCGAUGUGUACAAUACCUUCGAGUACAAGCGGAACAUCAUUUUGUCCCAUCUGGAUUUCAUGAAAACUUACAGUCAACAAGUUCAGAAAAUUAUGCAAUUAAAAGAAAAUAUAAACAGUUAUAAGAUGACGGAAGCGGAGCUACACCUGGAACGGUUGCACCAAAUUGAACAAAAAAAUGAAGCCCUCUUUUCGCGAAUUUCCGCAGUGAAUGCUGCCCUGGAGAACUUGGCGUAUAAAUACGCCCUGAUGAUGCAGGCGGCAUCCCUAAUCGUCUCAAGGCAUAAGCCAAAUGUAUCUUAA